AUGGAUCUAAACCAGCUGCCACCUGACUUUGACUAUGAUUUCAUCUCAAGACAUACUGAAGAUGCAAUUGAGAGCAGUCCAAAAAAUUGCACUCAGCCUCCCCCUAUCCAGCAAGACUCCCCAAGCAUUUCUGAUGUUAGACUCUCUUUGGAAGAAACACAUUUACAAGAUGUUCAGCAAGAAAAUGCCGAUAACACACAGGUUGCUGUAGGGGAUAAUGUUGUUUCAGAUAUUACUGGACAAGUUCUGCAUGAAGAGGGUGAGGUGUGGUCUACGCCGCAAGUCCCCUAUACUGGUAUGACAUUUGGCAGUGUAGUAGAAGCAAGGGGAUACUACAAUGCAUAUGCUAAGAGAAUUGGUUUCUCAAUAAGGACAAAUACCUCGCGCAGAUCAGGAAUUACAAAAGUGCUGGAAAAAAUCCAGUUUGUCUGCAACAAAGAAGGGAAAGGGAAGAAAAGCAAAACUGAUGAAAAUACUGAGGAGCCUACAGAUGAUUCAGAUGAAGAUGAUUCUGAACAAGAUGAUCUAAUGGCUGAGUUCUAUGGCUCCAUUGAACUAGUACCGUACGUAGGCAAAGAUGUCAGUAACUUCCGAUCCACACUUCGUACCACUGAAAAGUACAAAGACAUGCAAGAAACACUAGACUACUUUGAAGAGUUGAAAGUGCAAGAUGACCCUGAUUUCUUCUACAAGUUCAAGUUGGACAAUGAUUAUAAGAUUCAGAACCUAUUCUGGGUGGAUGGUUCAGCAAGGAAGGCGUAUGAGGCAUAUGGUGACUGUGUUUCAUUCGAUACGACAUACAUGACUAAUAUGUAUGACAUGCCCUUUGCCCCCUUCAUUGGAAUAAAUAGACAUGCUCAAUCAUUCCAGCUAGGAUGCGCAUUCCUAAGGGAUGAGAAGACAGAUAGCUUUGUUUGGCUUUUCAAAGCAUUCCUUGAAGCGAUGAAAGGCAAGGCUCCCCUUAAUAUAAUAACAGAUCAGGAUGGGGCUAUGAAGCCGGCAAUUGAGCUUGUCUUCCCUAAUACAAAUCAUCGAAACUGCCAGUGGCACAUAAUGGAUAAAGCUUCUGGAACAAUUGGUCCAUACCUUUCAUCUAAUCAAGAAUUGAAGGAUGAGUUUACAGACUGUAUUAACUACAGUAUAACACCUGAAGAAUUUGAGGUGAAAUGGGAUGCUAUGAUUAAUAAGCAUGGCCUGGGGGACAUACAGCAUUUUCAGCAUUUGUAUAGCAUCAGAAAGAGUUUUGUUCAAGCGUACUAUAUGCAUUGUUUCUAUCCUUUCCUCCAAUCAACUCAGAGAAGUGAAGGGUUUAAUGCAGUGCUGAAGAGAUAUGUGAAUCCAAACUUAUCAAUAUUGUUAUUUGUGAAACAGUAUGAGAAAAUUCAGCAAAAGUGCCUUGUUGCUCAAGAUGGUCAGGACUUUAGGACUGAUGAUAAUGAACGACACACAUGGUCAAAGUACCCUAUUGAGAAAUAUGCAUCAACUGUGUACACAAAAGGUAUUUUCUAUAAAUUCUCAAAGGAAUUUGAAAAGACUGCAGAAUAUGAUGUGCAGGAGCAUGAAGUGCCCUACCAAUACAAGCUAGUACCGAAUGACAAAUUUGUUGAAGACUAUGGGACUAGGUCAUAUAUUGUGACAGCAAUUGAAGAAGAAACAAGUUACUAUUGUGAGUGCAUCAAGUUUGAUAGGGAUGGGAUAAUUUGCUGCCACAUCAUGAAGAUUUUGAUCAGAUUUGGUGUGAAGACCCUGCCUGAAAGAUACAUAUUGAAAAGAUGGACACAACAAGCAAUUCCUGUUGACACAGAUAUGUCUGCUGAUGCAAACAUUUCUGUUGAUAUUGCGGCUAGUGGUAUGUCUUUGCAGAACAAGAAAACACUGAGAUUCAGCAACCUUGCUUCUGCACUUGCAAAAUUUGCACGUGAAGGUUCAAACUCAGAUGAUGCUCAUUCUAUUGUUACUAAGCACAUCGAAAUGAUGCAAUCUGAACUUGCAGAUCUAAAGAAGAGGAAGAGUAAGAGGAAGAAAACUGUUGUUCCUAGCAAUGACUUUUCUGUUGCAAAUGUAUCUCAGUCUCUUUCUAAUGCAGCUACGACAACUUCACCUCCUGGUCAUGGCUCUACAGCUGCUAUGUCUACUCCUAACCCAAAUGUGCCUGCUCCUGCAGAUUUUCAAGAUGCUUCAUAUCCUGAUAGUUCAAGAUUAGUAAGGAAUCCGCCAAGAUCAGUAACUAAAGGGAGGAAGAAGUCAAAAAGGUUGUCUAACGGGAAGAAUGUGCAACCAAAGAGAAAGAACAAAUGCAGCAUUUGUCACUCUGAGAAUCACAAUGCUGCAAAAUGUCCUGGAAAAAUAACUAAAAGAAUCCCAAGCAAGGAGAUGCAGCUAUUCACAUGA